AAAAAGAAGAUAUUGAAACAUCAUGGAAACCAGAUUGGGGAUCGACAAUAAGAGUUAAGGUUGGUUCCUUCUUGGCUGCUAGCCUGAUUAAAAUUGCUCAGAUUACUGUCUCAACUACUAAUGCAGCUGGUAAAAUAAUAAGCGAAGAGGCUCCUGCAUUUUUUCAUUCUUAUGAAUAUAAUAGAGGUAAAAAAGUUGGGGUUAUCAAACUCAAUCCUCAAUUGAUAAAGUGGCUUUCUAAUGAGUCCAUUAGAGAUCAUUUACAUCCUCGAAUGUUGCCAAUGUUAAUUAUUCCAAAGCCUUGGUUGACUUUCAAUAGUGGUGGUUAUCUGACAUCUCCAACUCUUGCCAUGAGGAUAAAAGAUUGUCCUGAACAAGUUGCAUAUCUGAAAAAAGCUUCUGACAACUCACAUCUGGAACAUGUUUUUGCUGGCUUGGAUGUCCUCGGUUCUACGUGUUGGGCUGUGAAUAAGAGGGUAUACGAAGUUGUUCUAAAAAUUUGGAAUAGCGGUGAAGGUGUUCUUGACAUUCCACCUGCCGAUUUAAACCUAGAAAUCCCUAAAAAACCUGAAGAUUUCGAUAGUAACGUGAAAGCGAAA